GAGCGAUCGAUAGCUUGCACGCACGUGGCGCCCAAGGGCACGCCUGCAAAGUGGACAGGUUUUGGGCAAAAACAAAAAGAAAUUCCAAGGGAAAACUGUCAGUUUUAGGAGCGAAAUUAGGUCUGUUAUGUGCUGUCAACCCCUCAGUGUGACCCCUCAUUUCGACCCCUCAUGGACCGCCUUGUGGAAGGACAGGGUUAGAGGACAGCAAGGCCCUGUGGGCUGCCGCCGGUAGUCGGUUGGAAACAGAGGCGGCGGAUCGAGCAGAGGCAGGGUCCCUGUGCCGCUGCCGCACGUGCUGCUGCACCACACCGCCCUUCGCACGUGCCGCCCGGCCGGAGGGAGCGCGUCUCGCCCCCGUUGUCGACACGUCAGCGCCGGUCCACGUCAGCAGUGUUGAGAGGCCUGGUCGCGACUCGGGAAUUGACGGGACGGGAUACACGAGCGCGUUGUCGGUCGGGGAGAUUGGCUGUGUGGCGGGGUGCACGAUCAGGAGGCAUAAACGGACGUUCUUCCACGUGUCACUUCGUCACGGACUGUCGGGAGACAGACGGUGGGCUUCGUCGCGCUAGUCGGUGGAAAAGGGGAGAUCGAUCAACGCGCGCGCUUGCGCGUGCUCCCGUGGCCGCCGCCGGGAUCACCUGCGGCGGCUUCCUCGCGUCCCGAUCGCCGUCGGGAACACGAUGACGUGGCUACGAAGAGGAGGCGUUCGCGAGGCACGGAGCUGGCAGCCACAGCUGCAGCUGAUAUGUCUUACCUUGCUCAUUUGGUCCGGGGGGGGGUUAAUUAGCUUGCGAGGGGGUUUAGGAGGAGGGGUAUCAGCGGCGGUAUUGGGGGUAGAUUACGGGUCGGAAUGGCUGAAAGUGGCGGUGGUGAAUCCGAAGCCGGGCCAGAGUCCGAUCUCCAUCGUCAUCAACGAGAUGUCGAAGAGGAAGUCUCCCGCUCUCGUCGCCUUCUCGAGCGGGGAUAGACUGUUGGGAGAGGAGGCGGCCGGUCUGAUCGCACGGUAUCCCGAUCGUGUGUAUGCAAGACUUCGGGACGUGGCAGGAAAACCAGUGACGGCGGCGAAGGAAUUGUUCAAGGCUGGUUACCUUCCGUACAAUCUGGAAGAGGAAGGACAGGGGAGUGCAAGGGUUCGAAUCCGUACGCAUGACGCGAAGGCCAGCUACAGCGCCGAGGAAUUGGUAGCUAUGGUGCUCUCCUACGCGCGGGCUUUGGGGGAGGCUCACGUGAAAUCCACGGUCAAAGAUGUGGUGGUCACCGUCCCUCCGUUCUUUGGGCAAAGCCAACGCCAAGCUAUCCUCGAUGCGGGCCACGUGGCAGGCAUCAAGAUCAUGGCGUUGAUUGGGGAGCACGCGGCCGUCGCCCUUCAGUACGGAAUUGACAAGGAUUUCGCUAACGGAUCCCGCGACGUUCUCUUUUACGACAUGGGUGCCAACAGUGUUCACGCGGCAAUUGUUCAUUACUCCGCUUACACAGUUAAGGAGAAGGGGAAGGACUCGACUUAUAACCAGUUCCAUGUCAAGGGGCUGCGAUGGGAUGCAAAUCUUGGAGGCCAAACGAUGGAGGGGCGGUUGGUCGAGCAUUUUGCUGAUGAAUUUAACAAGAAGGUUGGCGGCGGUGUGGACGUGCGAACCUCGCCAAAGGCGAUGGCCAAGCUGAAGAAGGAGGUGAAACGGACGAAAGAAAUCCUGAGUGCAAACACAGAGGCGUCUGUUUUCAUGGAAGCACUCCACAAUGACAUCGACUUUCGAACGUCCAUUACAAGGGAGAAGUUUGAAGGACUCUGUGCGGACCUCUGGGAGCGCGCUCUUGUCCCUGCCAGGCAAGUGCUCAAGGACGCAAACCUCUCGGCGCAGGAUCUGCAUGCAGUUGAGGUGAUAGGAGGAGCAACCCGUGUGCCAAAGCUGCAGGCUGUGCUCUCGGAGUUUCUUGACGGCAGACCACUGGAUAAGCAUCUGGAUGCUGAUGAGGCGAUGGCGCUGGGGGCUGCACUACAGGCAGCAAAUCUAAGUGAUGGGUUCAAGUUGAAUCGGAAGCUUGGAAUGGUUGAUGGAACCCCUUAUGGGACAAUUUUUACAGUUGAAGAUCUGGAUGGCAACCCAGAGUCAAUGACACAGCAGACGUUGAUUCACCGUUUGAAGAAACUUCCCUACAAAGUUAUCCGGUCAUUGAAAUCGCAGACAAAGGACUUCAAGCUGGUUGCCAAGUAUGAUCCAUCUGAGGAGCUGCCACCUGGAAUUCCGGAUGAAAAUAUCUUGUCCUUCGAAGUGACGGGCCUAGCUGAUGUGAUGUCAAAGUAUGGUGAAAAUGCAUCAAGUCCAAUCAAGACUAAUAUCCACUUCACGUUAAGUCGGAGUGGAGUUUUAUCAUUGGAUAAAGUGGAAGCUGUUGUGGAGGUUCAAGAAUGGAUUGAAGUGCCAGUGAAGAAUGUGACCGAGAACGGUGCAACAGCAGCCAAUGAGACGGAGGCCUCAUCGAAGUCGACAUAUGCUGAGUCGGGAGAGGGUGGCCAAGCGAGCUCAGAAACAACAGAAGGUGGAAGUGAGGGAGAAGCUGGCACAACUGAUGAAGGAAGCGCCCCUGUGGCCGCAGAGGCUCCGAUUGUAGCAGACGGACAGCCAGCAGAGGAGAAGAAGGUGGAGAUGAAGAGGAAAUUGAGAAAGCGGAUAUUCAGAAUUCCUCUCAAGAUUGUUGAUGUAGCAGCAGGUUACGCCAGGCCAAUGUCAGAGCGAGAGGUUUCUGAUGCCUUGAGGCGAAUGGAGGUGUUGCAGCUCAAGGACGAGGAAAGGAAGCGCACAGCUGAGGCUAAGAACAGUUUGGAGUCAUAUAUUUAUGACACAAAGGAUAAGCUGGACUCCUUGGAAGGGAUGACAACAGUCACCACAGAGGAGCAACGAGAACAAUUCCGAGCAGAGCUAUCUGAGGCAGAGGAUUGGCUGUAUCUUGAUGGAGAGAAUGCACCAGCCGCCGACUUCAAGCGACGGCUUUCAGCAUUGAAGAAGACUGGCGACCUCAUCUUCGGACGUUUGACAGAGUUAUCUCUGAGACCUACUGCUGUGGACCACGGACGGAGUAUGGCGUCCGAAUCUCGACAGGUGGUGGAGUCAUGGUCAGAAUCAAAGCCAUGGAUCAAUGAGACGGAUAAACAGCCGCUCUUGAUGGAGAUUAAGGCAUAUGAAGAUUGGCUGAACGAGAAGGUGGAGGAACAGAAUAGGACGCCUCUGCAUUUGGAUCCGGUAUUCUCCUCUGCAGACGUUGUGCAAAAGAUUUACGCCAUUCGCGAGAAGGUAAACAGAGUGGGGAGGACUCCCAAGCCAAGGCCGAAGCCAGCACCAAAAGUCGAGAGCAAGACUGUCGAGAGCGAAGGAAGUAGUGAGGGCGGGGCGUCUGAGGACUCCGGUGAAGCAUCAGAAGGUGGACAACCUGAACCAGCAGGGGAAGAUAUCCCAAGAACAUCAGCCAACGAGUCACAAGAGAAUGCCCAAAGGACUGGGUCUCAUGACGAGCUGUAGCGUGCCUGUAGGUUUAUUUGACUGAGAAACGAAUGGUACCUUCUCUCACGAGGAAUGUGAGUCUUGCUGUGCCUGAUUCUGGCAUCGCACAGCUCUUCAGUUUUGUCAUGUCCUCCACCGGCCUGUCAAUAUCUUCGCUCUUCCGUGUGUAUGCCUAUGUCCUUACCUGAGAGAGAGAGUGUGUGAGAGAGAGAGAGAGAGAGAGAGAGAGAGAGAGAGAGAGAGAGAGAGGGAGGGAGGGAGGGAGGGAGGGAGGGAGGGAAGGAGAGAGAGGGAGGCUUGUCUGGGGUUUUGGUAGACAAUUCUUAGUUGAUAUGUGCCAUGGUAGAAGACCUAAACCUUUUGUUUGAUUAGUUUUUAGCAUAUGAGUUGCGCCUUGUUCGAGUUGAAUCACUUCGUGGUGUGUGAACAUUUCCACGUGUUAGAGCGAUUUUGAAUGCAAUUGCCGCAUUUAUUACACUGAUGUGACCCAACUAUUCUCCAUGGUGUUGUUGUACCUGUUUUUCCGAUAACCACUUCUGAUGCUGUGCCAAAGCUGAA